AGUUUACAGCAGCAUUGAGGUUAGCGAUUUGAUUUGGUCAUAGUUUUAUUUAGUUGGAUCUAAUACAAGGAAUCUUUAAUGAAUUUGCAUUUGAAGAUCUUGUUUGGUAGAUUUCAAAAACAAUUCGGGUCUGGUCCAGGGCUUGGUCCUGGAUCAGGAACAUACUUGAUGAAAAUUGAGGGUAUUACUCCUAAUUUCAUUGUGUCAUUAUUUAAAGCUUGUGCUGCUCUUUAUAGAACUGAUCCUUGGAGACGAUUGCGUCCCCUGCAUCUUUUCGGAAUCCGGGUUGGCAAGGAUUUGGAUUGGUCUAGCAAGAAUCAGCCUUUUAGUUGUGUUCAGUUUUUUGGAGGUGAUAGUGGGGAUGUCGGGUUUUAUAUAUAUCGAUGUGAAAACGAUGCCAGGAGAAUGACAGGGUCUAGAGAGACAACUUUGGUUCCUAAUGUUGAGCUUUUGAAGGUUACUUAUGAACAUGAAGCAUUGAUGUUUCCUUCUAAUAGGAAAAUUAUUAAGUCUCUGUCGUUGGAGGUGUCGGGUACUGAUAUAUUUCCCGUGAUUGAUGUUGUGCGUUGUACGUCUUCUGGUGCACUUCGUUUCAGACAUCCAACGCUUGAAGAGCUUAGAUUUGUGUAUGCAUUCAUGAGAGCUACGUCUCUAGUACAUCCUUUGCUUCAGGAGGAUAAAGAAGGUGGUCCGAAGUGGUCCAAGUUAAUGCAUUUUGAACAGUUCAUCGAGACUGUCGAUGUUCAGUGGCCUUCAGAAAUGGCUACAGGUCAUGACCUUGUCGCAGUUGCAAUCUCCCAUCCGAUUAAUCAGGCAUACGAGGAAAAGGCAAGCUCAACAGCUAGCUCAACACCCACCAAGCGUGCAUAAAGACCUAUAGAUGAGGUUUAUAUUGAUGUGAAAAGAAGCUCAAAUUCUAGCUUGAGGCAAUGCAAAAUGUGUGAGAAAGACGUUCACAGAGAACAGUCUAUCUCGUGUGGCCAUUGUCAAGGUGUUAUUUACUGUGAUUCUCUAUUCCAGAAGCAGCACUGGAAGGAAACACUUAAGAGCAUGUGUGGUCUUUACAAGUCGACGAUGGAACGGGAAGAAGAGUUAGCAAUGAAAUUCUUUACGUUCCUUCGCUCUGCGGACCAGCCUUGUAAGUGGCUUGAGUCGUUGGGUAUCCAUCAGAUGGGAAUGUGGGGGAGAAAGUGUGGUGGCUAUUCUCACUGCCCAUUCGGUCUUCUUCCCGCUAAAGGUGGUCUUCGAGAUUCCUGGGGUGGGCUUGAUGAUGAUGAGUAUCUUCACGAUUCACCUUUCCAGUCCACGACCACGUAAGAGACGGGAUGUCAAGUCCGAUCCUUCUUUCUGGUUGGCCAGAGUACUAUAAUCUUCGGUCCUUGCCAUUGUCAAGCCCUGCUGCCGACAUUCUUUCUCAUCCACUGACAGUUUAUUACAUUUUGACUACUCUGAAUAUCAAUUCCAAGAACCUAUUACUCAAAGGGAAAGAAGUGAUGGUUCAUUACCUUGGGCCCGAAGGCGUGUUGGAUUGAAUGCCAGCAUUUGCAGAAAUUAGCCACUUAAUGGAUCGGGCAACAUACAUAUUGUGAUGGUGGGACCUGAAGUUCCGACUAAUUUAUCUGGCACAACUUCAGGAAUAAGUAGCAGGGUGAGGGUGAAUCUGGUGAGGGGCAUUUAUCAAGAGGAAGCCGCCUACUUGCCUUCACCAGAUGUUAUCAUAACAUUGAACUGUGGAUUAGAAACAUACACGAGCUGGGGCGGAGAACUUGAAGCGAUAAAAGCUGUUGGUGUUCCUACUUUCUUUACAGAGAAGUCAGAAGUUUCAUGUACAGAUGCAAAGCAGAUCCUUCGUGGAGCGGGAUUGCACAUUACGCAUCCUGUGACACCAAAUCCUUUCCGUUCUCCUGUGAAGAUUCGAAGCAUUUCUUGCAAUCUGCCUUCAUAUAGCAAUGGGUUUGUGCUAGAGGUGAAUACAUAAGUUGGAGUCAUGGAGAACUGAACUUGGAAUUAUGUUUGUCAAGUCAUUUACUUGGUACCAUCCAAAACAUGUGACAGAGAUGAGGCAAUGCAAAUUAGUCCGAGGCUGUAUAAUUAGUACGCAUGAUUUCCAUUGAGUAGAGUUUGUAUUGAUUAUAGGCUUCAAUUUUAUGUUUCCUAUAAGCAAUUACUGCUAUUUCUGUGUAGUGUGUUGGUAAUUUGUUAUAGGAGGAUUCUUUAUAUGACCAAUCAAAUUCAUUGCAAUGAAUGUGGAAGGAUAAUUUUGUCA